AUGCAGUCCAUAGCUACGUCUCGGUCGCUGCAUCAGAUACAGCUCGAGCUGGAAUACGAUGAGGAGGAGAGCGAUAGCGACGGCCGGCAAGGAUCGGCAAUACAAGUCUGUAAAGGCGGCCUACAGCGACGUGCCGCUCGCCUGAUUGAGUACGGUGAAGACGAAGCUGCGAAAGAAAUCCAUGCUCUCUGCGUCUUUGACGACAUCGCGGGGUCCGUGUCGAGCCACGCUGCGUUGGCGACUCCUCAGAGACUCCGGGCCAGUCCAGUGGUACGGAAAUGGGCAAGAUGGCGAUGGAGGCAUGUGCCAAACCUCUCGGACAAGCGAUCUCUCGAGGCAGUCAUGGUGUAUGAACGAGGGGUCGCCCAGCAUCCGGAUGAUCGGUGCGGCCGCUGCCGCGCAGGGCAAGGAAUAUCCCCGCAAUGUGUGGUUGCCUCAGCGGAGUUGCUCCCUGACGGCAAAUGCAGCAACUGUCUGUUCGAUAAUGCCGACUGUGGCAGCACACCCAGCCGCGUGGCUUCCGAAUUGGCCAAGGGAGGCGGUGAUUCGGUCCGUGUGGUCGACCACAUGGCUGUUUUGGAGCUCAUAGCUCGGUUGAAGAGACCGCCUGGCGCCAGCAGAGAGCACACAUUACCCGGCAAGGCCAAAAGGAUCGAAGUUGCAGCGCUGCAAAUAGCUCAGGCGGCAAGAGAUUGGGGAGAAAAGAUUUCGCAGGAGACCGGACGAGUUUGA